CACGUGGCUGUUCCCGCAGCAGGAGCAGGUCCAGGAUGGGGUGCGGCAUGUCUGAGUCACCGUGUUGGCUCUGGGAGCAGGUUUGGGGCUGGGGGGAUGGCAGAGCUGGUGGAACCCCCACUGUACAGCAGGGCAGGCCAUGGACAUCCCACCGGUGUGUGCAGGGGCUCAACACGGAGACAGCACUGCCAUGCCAGGGGGCUGGGGCCGCGGCACACAGCUGUGGGUCAGCUGGACAGCAUCUGGGAGAGCGAUUGUGGGGGAGCAUUGGGAGAGACACUUCCCUGCUGGGGAGGGGGUCACCGGCACCCUCCAGAUCGGCCCUGGGUCUCAGUGUGAGAGUCCCCACAGCACAGGGUUAAAUGGGGGGGUUGGGGUCCAGCAACAGGGGACGGACUAGGGUAUGGGGCUGAACCUGUCGGGCUGGAGGCCCCACAGGUGGAAGGGAACAGGGGGGCUGUGGGGGAACCUCUCUGCGCACAGGCCUGUCGGCGGUUCCCUGCGGGGUGCAGGGCCGCAGGGUCCAGCACAGAAACCCGGGCGGCCCGACAGCCGGGUGCUAAUGCGCCAGGGGGGGGCCUUCUCCGCCCACUCCGGGGCUCGGGGGCAGGGGGUCUGCAAGGCUAAUGAGCCCCACUUAUCUGUGAAACGACUUGCUAAUCACGUUAAUUCCCUCUGCCGGGGGGGCGGGGCGAAGCCUUUGAAAUGCAAAGCAGCUGCCCUGUCCUCCCCCAGGCAGCGGCUGCCCCUGAGCAGCGCUCGGGGGACCUGGGGACACACUCCAGCCGUGUGUACAUUUGUGUGCAUAUGCACAUGUGUGCAUGGACAGGAAUGUGCGAGUCUGUGUGUGUGAGCACUGUGCACACUCCCCUGUCUGUGUGUGUGAGCACUGUGCACACUCCCCUGUCUGUGUGUGUGUGUGUGUGUGUGAGCACUCUGCACACUCCCCUGCCUGUCUGUGUGAGCACUGUGCGCACUCCCCUGCCUGUGUGGGUGGGUGGCACAGGGUGAAGGACCACACUGUUCUGAGCAGGCUGGCUGCGUCAAGCAGCAACCUGAGCUGCCAAGGGCAUCCCACCAGCACCUGCUGAGCGUGGCCCAGCAGCAGGCACAGAGGUGGCUGCAGGCACCGGCACCAUAGCGGUACCUGUCCUGCUCCCCUGCUCUGCUGCCGGGCACAGUGUGGAUGCAGGAUCCCCCAGUGCGGAGCUCCAGCAGCGCAUGAGCAGCAGCCCUGCCAUGGGUGGUGCUGGGCAGGACACUCUGGCUGGAGAGCCCCACCCCAGGCUGCCGCUGCCCGUUACAGCAGGAGGGGGCUGGCCAAACCCAGACCCCACACCGGGGAACGCCAGGACGGAGCCCUCCGGCAGCCUGUUCCCCCCUGAGCAGGGCUGUGCCUGGAGCCACAUGGCCGAGGGUGUUGAGGAGCCCCUGCGGCUGCCCACUUUCUCCCCUGCCGCCCAGGCCCGCGUGGCCGUCACCUUCGCCCUCUUCACCCUCUCAGCCGGCUGCAACCUGGCGGUGCUGCGAGCAGCGGGGGCCCGCGGGGGCAGCCGGCGCUCCCACAUCCGCCUCCUGCUGCAGCACCUGGCGGCCGCUGACCUCCUGGUGACGGUGGCGGUGAUGCCGCUGGAUGCCGUCUGGAACAUCACGCUGCAGUGGCGGGCGGGCGAUUUGGCCUGCCGCCUGCUCAUGUACCUGCGGCUGUUGGCCAUGUACGCCUCCGCCUUUGUCACCGUGGUCAUCAGCCUGGACCGGCAGGCCGCCAUCCUGCACCCACUGGCCAUUGCCCGUGCCCGCAGGAGGAACCGCAUCAUGCUCUACAUCGCCUGGCUCCUCAGUGCGGGGCUCUCGGUGCCACAGCUCUUCCUCUUCCGCACGGUCACUCUCGGGCCCCCGCACAACUUCACCCAGUGCACCACGCGCGGCAGUUUCCCCCAGCCCUGGCACGAGACCCUCUACAACAUGCUGGGCUUCGCCUGCCUCUUCCUGCUGCCGCUGCUCAUCAUGCUCUGCUGCUAUGUGCGCAUCCUCCUGGAGAUCUCCCGGCGCAUGGGCUCCAGCCUCUUCUCCUCACAGGAUGUGUCACUGCGCUGCUCCAGGAAUAACAUCCCACGGGCACGGCUGCGCAUGCUGAAGAUGAGCCUGGUCAUUGUCUCCUCCUUCAUCCUCUGCUGGACCCCCUACUACCUGCUGGGGCUGUGGCACUGGUUCUGUCCACGAGCCAUGGAGAAGAGGGUCUCGCCAGCCCUCACCCACAUCCUCUUCAUCUUCGGCCUCUUUAAUGCUUGCCUGGACCCCAUCACCUAUGGGCUCUUCACCAUCCCCUUCCGGGGGUGCUGGGGCUGCCCCUGUGGUCACAUCCCCAAGCCACAGCCCCCGGCCACCGGCUCCUUUCGCUGCUCGGCCUCCUCCCUGCCGCCCAAGCGGGGUGUCACGGGGGCAUGGGGGCAGCGGGUGCCCCCUGGGAUGGGGCUGCCUGACAGGGCUGGCUCCUGCCAGAGCAGCUCCCUGUGAGCUGGGCAUGGAACUGUGCCCAUGGAGACACCUCAGGGUGCUCAGCAGGAACCAGGGCUGUGGGGACAAGGGGACCAGCGACAGGAAGGACCUGGUGGGGAUGGGGCUGCUGCUGCUGCUCUCUUCUGUGCCCCAAAGUGCCUCUGUGAGUGGUGGGGCCAGUGUGGGUCCCCCCCGUCCCCUCUCUGUGUCUGCUGAGCCCUACAUAGUUGUUGGAGGGAGCAGAGCCCAGCACAGCAAUAAAGUGUCCCCUGGUCACCUCCUGUCCUGCCUGUGUCCUGGGCUAUGAGCUGGGGUCCCCAGAGCCAGUGCUGCUGGGGACAGGCUAGUGGGAGCCCCAGCCUGUUAGCCCCAGGGGUGGCUGGUUCAGAGUUGGUCCUGGCUGCUCUUGUCCCUGCCGUGGAUGCUCCCAGGGCCCCCCACAGGCUGGCUAGGGCUGGGUGCUGCUCUCCCUGCAGCAGCUGCUGGGGCGGUUUGUCCCCGUGAGGCUCCUGGUCCCUGCUGGUGGCAUGGGGCUGGCAGCAGCCCCGGAGCUGUGCUCCCCGUCACAAUCUUGCACCCGCCAGCAGCUACGCUCCAAACAGGAGCUCUCAGCUCCUGCCCAAGGUUGUUGCACAGCCCAGCUGCUCAGCAACGGCCCCAAGGCCAGCGCUGCCACAGGAGCUGGUGCAACUGCUGGGGCUGGGGAGGAAGGGAGGGAGCUACAGCCCUGGGCCUUGAGCAGGGGCUAGGGGCGCCUGAACCCCUCGCACCUCCAGAACCCUGGAGCAGUCAGUCCAAGCCCUCCCCCAGGGGAGGGCUGCAGUAACUGCUACAC